GCAUCACCCCAGGGAUGGUUCCCUGCUCCGGGUACCACAACAGGAGCAUCACCCAGGGGUGAUGAGACACUGUGUACCCCCGUGUCCAGGGUAGGUGCCCCCAUCCUCCCUGGGGGCUGCAGUGUCUACAGCUUUGGCUACAUCUCCUGCCUGCCUGGGAAGGUGUCUGCACACCCCACCUGCCCCACUGGCUCUGGGACAUGCUCACCUGCAUCUAGCUAUGGCUCAUGGUCUGUCCUUGUGCCCUGGGAACAUCCAGCUGGGAUCGGCACUAUCCCAGGCCAGGGCUCGCAUGGAAAAGAGCUCUAGUGCCAGCAGAUGUGAACAAGGCAGGGGAUGGGGUGACCUCCCCCAGCCUGGGCACUGGCAUCUGUCCCAGCACACACAGUCCCACUGCCAACCCAGCUGUGUGCCCCCAGCACUAGCCGGCAGUGCUCCACAGCACAAACACAGCUGUCACAGCCCAAGCACCCAGAGUGCUUUUGACAGCUUGUUCCCACGUCCACACUUGCACGGGACAGGAUAGGUGCCAGGUUUGGCCAGGCCCCCACAGCAGGGACUUCACCCUGCCCAGUUACAAGCCAUGCAGCUCCUGGCUGAUAUAAAGCUGGUGGCCUCAGGGGCACAGCUGAGUCCUUCCAGGAUGGCAUUUCUGUGGGUAGUUGCCUGCCUGGCCCUUGCCAGCACCGUCUCAGGCUGUGGGGAGCCCAGCAUCAGCCCCUCACUCCACCACACUGAGAGGAUCAUCAACGGGCAGAAUGCAGUGCCUGGAUCAUGGCCCUGGCAGGUCUCCCUUCAGAACCGCUUUGGAUCCCACUUCUGUGGUGGCUCCUUAAUCAACGAGAACUGGGUUGUCACUGCUGCCCACUGUGAAUUCAAGCCACUCUUCCAUGUCGUCGUCCUCGGGGGAUAUGACCGCACCUCCAGGGCUGGCUCUGUUCAAGUGAAGAAUGUGGUCAGGGUUGUCACCAACCCCAACUGGAACCCCUACACCCUGAACAAUGACAUCGCCCUGUUGAAGCUUGCCUCACCUGCCAAGCUGGGACCCCAUGUGUCCCCUGUCUGCCUGCCCCCUGCUGACCUGCAUCUGCCCAACAAUCUCCAGUGUGUCACCACCGGCUGGGGACGCACCAGUGUCAACUCCUCCGUGCUGGCAGAGAGACUACAGCAGGUAUCCCUGCCCUUGAUCUCCUCCAGCGAGUGUGCCGAGUACUGGGGAAGCAAGAUCACCAGCUCCAUGGUCUGUGCUGGAGGUGUUGGUGCCUCAUCCUGCCAGGGUGACUCUGGUGGACCUCUGGUAUACGAGGAUGGGGGCCUCUGGACCUUGAUUGGCAUUGUCUCCUGGGGUACAAGCAACUGCAAUGUCAACACACCAGCUGUCUACACCCGUGUAAGCCACUUCCGAAACUGGAUCGACAGCAUUAUUCAAGCUUAG